UCCACAGAGACGGAAGGAGUGGCGGGAGACGUGUCCGGUUCAGGCAAAAACAAAAAACUCCAGAAGAACUUUGUGUUGUCAUCAUGGCGUCUUUAUGGGAUGACCUGGAGGGUCUCGUGGAUUCUCCCUCCUCCUUCUCAGCAAAAUCUGGAGAGAGAGGAACCAUCACGCCCAAAGCUGGUUUUAAUGCAGCAGAAGAUGCUGAGGCCCUGAAGGACGCCAUUGAAGGACUUGGCACCAAAGAGAAGAUCCUGAUUGACGUUUUGACGCAGAGAAGCAACGCUCAGAGGCAGCUCAUCUGCGAAGCUUAUCAGGAAGCCACUGGCAGAACUUUACUGGAGGACCUGAAAGGUGACACCGACGGCGACUUACAGGACGUGCUGGUGGCGCUCAUCACCCCUCCGGCGGCGUACGACUGCCAUGAAGUGAUGAGGGCCAUGAAAGGAGUUGGAACUGAAGACAGCACCUUGAUUGAAAUCUUCGCGUCCAGAUCCAACCAACAAAUCAAAGCUCUGCGUGACGUCUAUUUGAAAGAAACAGAGACGCAGGUGACCCUGACCAUGAGGGAUGAACUCUCCGGAGACUUUUCCAAAGCGCUGCUCCUCCUGGCCGAGGGCCAGAGGGACGAGAGCACCACUGUAGAUGUGGAGAAGGCAAAAGAAGACGCCAAGACUCUUUACGAUGCCGGAGAGAACAAGUGGGGCACCGAUGAAUCUAAAUUUAUCGACAUCCUCUGCCAAAGCAGCAUACCUCAACUCAGACAGACUCUUGUUGAAUAUAAGAUCAUCAGUGGAAAGACCCUGCAGCAAAGCAUCGAGGGAGAGAUGACAGGAGAGCUGGAGGAGCUGCUGGUCGCCAUAGUGAAAUGUGUGAAGAGCGUGCCGGCCUACUUUGCAGAAUGUCUGCAUGAGAGCAUGAAGGGCGGUGGAACAGAUGAGUCGACUCUGAACCGGAUCAUGGUGAGUCGGUCUGAGAUCGAUCUGAUGGACAUCAGAGCGGAGUUCAAGAAGCUCUACGACUACUCGCUGCUCUCGGCCAUCGAGUCGGAUCUGUCGGGAGACCACGGCGACUGUGUGAAGGCCAUCUGUGGAGGAGACGACUGAGCGCCUGUCCACCUGAGCUCAAGGAGAAACCCACAGUACUUCUAACUCACACUCUUAAGAUUUCUCCCUCUUUCACUUCUACCACACUUGUGUGUUUCAUCUUCUAACUACUGUCAACGUGUUUACAAUUUUAGAGCCGUGAAGAGCUUUGAAAGGUAGACGUCCUUUGAAAUCACAUGUUGAUCUUUACAAAUCGGUUUUUAAACUUGAAAACGGCCAGUUCAUGCCACAGAGGAAUGCUGGCUGUUACGUUUCAGUCUGAUUAUGAACAGACUGCUAAAAGGUCGCAGAGGAGGUGAUGAGUCCUGACAUCGACAUGUUGUUGGUUCUCUCGCUUUGCUUCCACUUCUCCUUGAACGUCCACUUCUCCACUCGUCCUUAUACAAAACACAAGAGGAACCAACCUCCUGUUCUGAAAAGAAAUGCCCACCAAAAGACCUCAGUACCAUGCAUUUGUAUUUUUCUUCUGCCUGUUGACAACUGGCCUAAUGUUACAGAAAAAGUGCUACUCUACAUAAGUACUGCAGUAGUGCAGCAAGUACACACUAAAAAGAGAUUUCUAUUCAAAUCUGUACAAUAAUAAUAAGUUUAUCUGUGUUGAAAAGCUUCAUAAUAUGAGAUCCACUUGUCCAGCUCUUUAAGUUUGUUUAUUGUGUAUUUAAAUCCAUGUUACAGUUUCAAAUUAAAUCAGAAAGCCAGUUAAAUUAUUAUUCAGUAUAUUUAUCAAUGUGUGGAAAGUAAGUGAUGUCAGUUUGAUGACUUUUUUUUUUUCUUUUGGCUUUUAGCCAUGAAGUGAACAGCAGGUCAGCUGAUCUUUCAAAAACAUGAAACUUAAAUAAAUACCAUAAAAAAACAACAACAACUAAAUAACGAGAAUAAAGGUUCCACAUGAAUACUUAAAAUUCAGGAGAAUUUAAAUGCAGCUUUUCUUUCAAUUAACCUCAAUUUCAAUUCUUGGUCAGUCAGUAUCGUUUCACAUAUAUCUUUACAUUAAACCUUUUAUAGACAAAUAUACAGAAAUUACUGAUCCAUGAAACAAAGCUUCAGCAAAAUAAUAAAAGACUAAUUAAAAUACAUUUACAUGUUAGCACAGAGGACUCGGGCUGUUGUCAGUGUGAUAAAUUAACAUAUUUGCUGUGUCACCAUUUCUCUCCUCCCUUCAUGUCUUGACUGUUUCCUCUCUCUCUGGUUGUAGCUAUAAUAAAAGUAAUA